AUGUCCCAAGUGGGGGAGGGGCUGACGUCAGCACAGGGGACUCUGGACCCUCGUGGGGACCCUGAGGCAGCCGAGCUGCACAGCCCGGCCGGGGUCACCUGGGGUCACCUGGCCGAGGUGGUGGCGGCAGGUGACAGACCCGAAGGGGAGGGGGGGAGGGGGCCACAGGUGAGGGUGGGGCCCAUCCUGGAGCCCCUGGGGGAGCGGUGGGACAGGACAGCCGGGACCCCACCCCCUCCUCCACUGCCCCUCCCCCCUCCCGGGGGUCCCCUCGCCCCUCCCCCCGCCCCUCCCCCCGGCCCUUCCGCCCGCCUGUUCCGGCGCCCCCGCCCCUCCCCCCCUGCCCCGCGCUCCUCCCGGAUGGCUCAGUACGAGCCGGUGGCCGAGCUGGGCGUGGGCGCGCACGGCACCGUGUUCAAGGCUCGGGACCGGCUCAGCGGGCGCUUCGUGGCGCUGAAAAACGUGCGGGUGCCCACGGGGGGGGCCGGGCUGCCCCCCAGCACCGUGCGGGAGGUGGCCCUGCUGCGGCGCCUCGAGCACCUGGAGCACCCCAACAUCGUCCGGCUGAUGGAUGUCUGUGCCAGCGCCCGCACCCCGCACGAAGCCAAGGUCACGCUGGUGUUUGAGCACGUGGAGCAGGACCUGAAAACCUUCCUGGAGAAGGCACCGGCCCCGGGGCUGCCCCCUGACACCAUCAAGGACUUGAUGCGGCAGUUCCUGCGUGCCCUGGACUUCCUGCACACCCAACGCAUCAUCCACCGUGACCUGAAACCCCAGAACGUUCUGGUGACCAGCGCGGGGCAGCUCAAGGUGGCCGAUUUCGGGCUGGCCCGGAUCUACGGCUGCCACAUGGCCCUGACCCCCGUGGUGGUGACACUGUGGUACAGAGCCCCCGAGGUGCUGCUCCGGGCCGCCUAUGCCUCCCCCGUGGACAUGUGGAGCGUGGGGUGCAUCUUUGCUGAGAUGUUCCGUAGGAAGCCGCUGUUCUGUGGGACCUCGGAGGCCGAUCAGCUGGGCAAGAUCUUCGACCUGAUCGGGCUCCCCCAGGAGGAUGAGUGGCCACAGGACGUGGCCCUGCCCAGGGAAGCCUUCACCCCCUGCACCCCCCGUGAGCCCCGGGGGGAGGUCCCAGAGCUGGGGGACAGCGGGGAGCAGCUGCUGCUGGCACUGCUGACCUUCAGCCCCCACAAGCGAAUUUCAGCUCACGAGGCCCUGAGGCACCGGUACCUGCAGGGGGGGGCGUGAGGGGUGACCCCCCCCCCCAAAAAAAAUCACCCCUGAACAUCCCCCAG